CUUUAAUAUACAAGAGGAAAUCCGGUCCAAAAAUCUGUAUAUUGAUAUUUAAAAAAAUACUUAUCCAGGGAUCACAAACGACUGUGAUUGGUCAAUUUUGCCAGCGCUGAGAAAAGUCUUUAACGGAGCGGUUUGCAGUGGAUAAUAAUGUAUACAUGUAUCAUAAAUUAUCGCAACUUUAAACUUUAGCUGUUAAAAAAAUAUUCAGUGAAUAGUUAAAAUAUGAAGAUUAUUAUUUAGACCCGUCGUACCUGGCCAUUUUGAAACCACACUCGGGCCGCUAAGCGUUGUUUUUGUCUCAAACUGCCUUUCUAGUUGUUUAUCUAUCUCUACCAGUACGUCAUCAGUGGUGAAAAAAACUCCACCUUCUUCACAAUCGAUCUAAACGGCAUGUAGAGUGUACCAAACCAGGAAACCACAUAUUAAACGAACAUAUCUGGAGAGUUUUUAAAUCGAUUUGACCCUGAAAGGUGUGUGUAGUACAGUCAGUGUCGUUCUGCCCUGGAUGACAGAGGAAGGACAGACAGAAGAGCUCGUGUUGGCUGUUGUUGAGCCAUUUGCAAGAAGUGUAGAAGCUAAAGGCACAUAACAAUUCCCUUGACACAUAAAUAACCCUACAUUUUUUAGUCUAUCCAUAUAACUUUUUAUAUAACAAUGUCAUGUUGGGGAAUGUUUAUACGGAGACGAUGCCAGUUCUCCUCUAUGUUAAAACUGCAUCAACUCAACAUCCAACCAAUGUGUCAUCGGAGAGGAUUCCAUGAAACUACUGCUGUCAAGACAUACGAUGUGAGAAAAGUGGAGUUAACGCCACUGGAGCAGAGGAAACUCACGUUUGACUCGCAUGCGCUUGUAAAAGAGCUGGAAUCCAGCGGUUUUGAGAAGAGGCAGGCAGAAGUGAUUGUCUCAGCAUUGGUGACACUUACUACAGCCAAUAUGGACAUUGUAUACAGAGACAUGGUCACUGGAGCCCAUCAGGAAAUAGCUCUACAACAAAUCAUGGCUCAUCUAGAUGCUAUCAGGAAAGACAUGGUUAUCCUGGAGAAGAGUGAAUUUGCCAACUUGCGUUCAGAAAAUGCAAAAAUGAAAACAGAGCUGGAGCAAAUAAAGAAUAGACUACUGGAAGAAAGUCAAAAAAUCAGAGCAGAUGCAAAGUUAGACAUUAAUCUGGAGCGAAGUAGAGUUACAGACAUGUUUACAGAACAAGAGAAGAAACUUAUGGAGGUUAAAACCGAGUUCCAAAAAAUGAAUGCAGAUAUAGAAAGUGAAGCAGUGGAAACUUCGAAGAAAAUCGAUAUACAAGUAGCCUCUUUGAAAACCCUCCUGGAAUCACUCAAGCUAGAGACCGUUAGAUAUCUUGCAGCAUGCAUCUUCACCUGCUUGGCAAUUGCCUUGGGAUUCUAUCGUUUCUGGAAAUGAAUCGCAGAAAACUGGGAGAAAUUUAAAGUUCUGCCGUUUGUUUUAAUGCUAAUGUAUAUUUAUUUUAUUAUAUUUUUACAUUUGAAUAUUACUUGUUUUUCAUGUGAGCAUCAUAAAUGUGUUUUUAUUAUUUCUUUAGACCAAAGGUGCCUAAAAUUUUUACUAUGAAGUGCUAAAGAUCAAAUUCGAUUAAGGGCCAUGGGCCAGAAGUAAAUGUUGCAUUAUAUCCAACUGUAUUAUAUUAUUAUUUUAAAAAAAAAUCACCUCUACAUUUCAAUGCAUUUCAAUUAAAACAAAAAUAUAAAUUAGAAAUGAA